UCAUUAGUCAUUCUAUUUAUUGUUUUCUUCUAAAAGUAAAUCUUAUUUAUCAUUUUCCUUAUAUUGUAGUCUCUAUAUAGGUGCUCGGGACACGGAGACGUUGAACGAUUGGUUGAAACAAAAUCGAGAGUACUUGAGCUAUUUCUUUCUAUAGAAUGGAUGUUUUUCGAGCUGCGGGACAUGAGGACAUUGAAUCAUUGGUUGAAACGAAAUCGAGAGUACUUGAGCUAUUUCUUUCUAUAGAAUAGAUGUUUUUCGAGCUAUGGGAUAUGGAGACAUUGAAUCAUUGGUUGAAACGAAAUUGAGAGCAUUUGAGUUAUUUGUUUCUUUAGAAUAGAUCUUUUUUCGAGCAGCGGAACAUGGAGACAUUGAACGAUUGGUUGAAACGAAAUCGAGAGUAUUCGAGCUAUUUGUUUUUAUAGAAUAAUUUUUUUUUGUAAGAGAUUCACAUGAAAAAACAAUUAAUGUAAUUAAAAACAAACAGACAUAGAAUGUGUUUCUUGACUGAAUGUUCCAUAGCAACGAACAUCAAUCGAUUAAUUAUAAGGAGAUGAAUAAAAUUCAUAAAAUUCUAAUAUUCACUAAAUAAGAAUGGUUAAAAAUGAAAACUUUCUAUAUGUAAAUAUUUUAAAAUAAGUCCAGAUAGAUCAUAGAAGUUCGACGAAUCAUUUAGAAUCGCUAAAAUUACAAAAGUUGAAUACAAUAAUACACAAACAUUAAUUAUUGUGUGACUCAUACUAUCUACAUGCAUUCCAAACUCAACUGAAUUCCCAUGUCAACUGUGACAUAUACAAACGUAUAUGUCUAUGUCAGAAAAGACUUUUUUGAAAUUAAUACACGCUUUUAGUACUUGAUAUUCGUUUUCAUAAUGAACUAUGUCAACGAAGAUGGAUGCAUUUUCGAACGAGUAGGUAUGGACAUAGAUACAAUAUUCACAAAAUAUUCAAAAUCAUAAAUGUUGAUGGAUCUCUUCAAUACUUGUUAUAUAUAGAUUAGUUUACAAGAAAGAUUUUUAAACGUACGAAUAGAAUCUAUUUGGAUCAUUAGAAUUAAUUGAGUUUUAAGAUCAGAUGUAAUUUUAUAAUGGCUCACUGUUCAGUUUUUCGCACUGUAUUUUAAAAUAUAAGUUAUAGAAGUUCCACGAAAAUACAAAACAAUGGGUUCUUUUUUAUAAAAACUACUUCGGAGGGUUUUGUUAUAAUGUAUCGUUUCAAUUUCAUUUGAAGAGAGUGUGGGUGAGGAUCUUCUAUUCUCUUACAAUCCACACUCACACCCUUUAGAGAGAUAUAAUUAGAGGUAUAAGCCGAGGGGUUGAACGGCGGCGGCGGGCAACAGUUCUCAAUUUUUGACCAGCGGCGACGGCUACUGGUUUCAAUUUGUAAGCUCUACAGCGGCGGCGGCUGGGUGUAGGUGUGGGUGUAACGAUUUAGAUGAUCUACACCCACACCCACACCCAAAUUUAAAAAAUAUAAUUUAGAUGCACUUUUUAUUCUUACGCAUGCUCCUAGUCAGUCAGCUUAUAAUAUAGUUGAACGCCGUAUGGCACCAUUAUCUCAUGAUUUAGCUGGUCUUAUUUUACCACAUGAUCAUUUUGGUUCACAUUUAAAUGAAUCAGGUGUAACAAUAAAUAUUGAAUUAGAAAAAUUAAAUUUUCGUAAAGCUAGAUAA